AUGGAGGGCCCAGAGCUUGCUGCUGCGAAAGGCAGCAGCAGCAGCAGCAGCAACUGCUGCUGCAACCAUCAGGGCCCUGGAACGGGGGACGCCUUCCCGCCCCCCCCCGCAGCCAAGGACGCCGGAGAGCAGCAGCAGCAGCAGCAGCAGCAGCAGCAGCAGCAGCAGCAGCAGCAGCAGCAGCAGCAGGGUUUUGAAGACGUCGAGGCGUACAUGGUGUGCCCCGCCACGGCGGCGUGGGCCCUAUCCGAGCUUCUGCGCAGCAGCUCAGCACCAGCAGCGGAACCAGCAGCAGCAGCAGCAGCAGCAGCAGCAGCAGCAGCAGCAGCAGAGGAAGACGUGGUGCGGGCCUGCCAGUGGCUGGUGCUCUCCGGGUGUAUCCGCAGGGUCACCUGGCGCAGCCCCCUCGUGCUGCAGGGCGAGCUGCUGCAGUGUGGGGUUGUGCUGCUGCCGCAGCAGCAAACAGCAGCAGCAGCAGGAGACCCUGCUGCUGCCAGGGCCUGGCUCGCCAAGUACGCCGCCCUGGCCUGCUCCGUCGACCUGCUGCUGAAGGACGCUAGCAGCAGCAGCAGCAGCAGCAGCAGCAGCAGCAGCAAAGGACACUCUGCGCUCUCUUGUCAGUUUUGGGAGGCCCAGGCCUUUCCCAUAGACUCCCAGGAGACAGUUUCUGCUGCAGUCAUACCUUACACCUACAUACCAGCAGCAGCAGCAGCAGCAGCAACAGCAGCAGCAGCAGCAGCAGACGCGGCAAACGAGCCUCAGAGAGAAGCCCUCCACUGCUGCAUCAUCUGCGAU